AUGCGUGCAAUAGAUCGGCAGAUUAACGCCUCGGGCGAUGCUUGCUCUACCCCCUUCCCCUUUUGCGAAAUAGAUGAAAGGAGCAACGCGGAAAAACGUGCCGCGCACUCCCAGAAUCAAUUAAGUGGCUGGUUAUUUCAGGAAUAUCUCUCCGAGCACUACAUGAUCCGCGAUAAGCGAGCCCAGUUAGCCGAAUCGCUGGGGCUUUCUGAAGCGCAAGUGAAGACGUGGUUCCAGAAUAGGCGAGCCAAAGAUAAGAGAGAAAAGAAAUCUGACAGCCCACAUAGUCCCACAAGCUCAGCCGAUGUCUCUGUCAAAGAAGAACGACUGGAUACUUCUGUAGGUUCAACAAUAUAUAGGGGAAGGAUAGUAUGGGCGUUGCAACAUCUAAAAAACUCUUUUCUAUGA